AUGUCGACUGGUGGUUAUCAUCAUGCAGCAAUUUUAUCACCGGCUUUCUAUGCAAGACAAUGUUAUUCAGAUAAUAUUAGUAAUGAUUCAUCAUAUUGGAAACAUGAAGAUGCUGCUAGACAUUUAUCAAAUCAUGUUAUGAAUAAAUAUCCUAAUUUAAAUGUUUUAUGUUUAAAUAAUUCAACUUAUAUGAAAAAUGAUCUUUGGUCAGAUUCAACAAGAAUUAAUGCAUGUUUAUUUUCUCAAGCUAGUCGUAUUGUUUUAUUUAUACCGGAUGAUGCAGCUGAACAUAUUACUUAUUUUAGUCGACAUUGUUUACAUCCAUUAUUGUGUAGAUCACGUGAUCAAGGUGGACGACCAGAAUGGCAUUCACGUUUUAUUGCUGUUGCUAUUGGUAGUGUACAAGUGCCAAAUCAAUUAAAUCCAGAUGUACCAUUUAUAAAUGUAAUACGUUUUCGUGAAAUAGGAUGGUUUCGAGAUAUUAUGGGAAUGAUGUUGUUAGAAAAAGCAAUUAAAGAUUUUUGGAUUCCACCUGAAAUGAAAGAAGCAACUUUAAAACAUUCAAAUUUAAAACAAUCAAAUAUGAUCUCUAUUAAAUAUAGUUUAAAUGAAAUCGUUGAAACAACAUCAUUAGUUGAUAUAACUACACAUGUGAUUGGUAAAAUGGAUUUAGAUGAAAUUCAGAAAAAUUCACUGUCACGAUUGAAAUCUUCUCAUGGUAAACAAUCAAUGAAUGGUAUUUCACAUAAUGAAAAUGAAAUCAAUGAUUCUAGAAAUCAUAAUCAUUCAUCAAGAUUAGAAGAACAUCUUUUAAGAUCAAAUCGUCGUCUAAUUAAACCUGAAUUUGAAGCAGAACAAUUACAAGAGAAUAUUUUAGAAGCACGUUUAACUGGUACAAUUGGUCAAGUAGUACCAGUUAAUAUUAAAAAUGAGUUAGUGAAUCUUAAUUCAACUGUUGAUAUGAAUGAACAUGAUAAACACUUGAUCGAAACUAAUAGUCAAGCAAAAACUUCCACAGAAUCACCUAAAGUAAAUAUCAACGAAUUAAGUUCAUCAUUAGAUCUUAACUAUACUUCACUGUCUAUAUCUAAAACACUUAAUAAUAUUCAGUCAAAUGAAAACUCCAUCAUAACAACUACAACUAACCUUUCUUAUGAUAAUCUUCCAGUAUUACAAUAUUCAAAAUCAUUAAUUUCUUCUACUGUUUCAAAUAUUUCAUCUCAUCCUACACCUAUAGUGUCAGAUUUAAAAACACCUUCUAUUCCAAUUGUAGAAACAAUAGAUGAUAAAUUAAAACAAAGUUUAAAUUAUGAAGAUAUACCUAUGAUAGAUGAAGAUGUAACAUCUGAAAUAAAACAAACGACAAUAGAACCAAAAUCAAUAUCAAUUAAGAAAGAUGAUAAUACAAUAUUGACAAUAACUACAGCUUCGUCAACAACACCAUCAACAAUUCCAAUAACAACAAUUUUAUCAACACCAUUAGUGGUUACAUCAUCAACAUCUGGUAAAUCAAAUAAUGAAAUUCGUACAAAAAUGCAUAAAAUAACUCGUGAAGAAACUAUUUCAUCACAGACAGAAACAAUUACAACUACAACAAAUAGCAUAAAUCGAAUUAUUGCUAAGAAUCCAACAGUUACUAUUGAUACUAAAGUUAAACGGUCAAAAUGUACUGAUCAUGAUGGUGUAAAUGAUUUAACACAACAAAAACAAAAUAAAACCAACAAUAUAUCAUCACAAUCAUCUACAAUUCCAAUACAAUCUGAAGGAAAUGAAAGACAAAAAAUUCGAUGUAGUUCAACAUCACCAUCAAAAAAACCAAUACGUAUCAUACCAAUAAGUCGUACAAAAUCAGUUGAACCCAAAUUGAAAGAAUCUGUUGAUGUUAAUAAGCCUACUGAUGGUUACAUUAAAACAAUCAAUAUUUCUACCACGCCAAAAGAAUUAAAUCAAACUAGUACAACACCUAGAUCGAAUUCAACUUCUCGUAUUACGGUAAGAAAAUGUCUACGAAGUGCUAUUGCUAGCCCAUCUCGAUCAAGUAGGUCAAAUACAACAUUUUCCAGUCCAUAUAAUAAAAAAAUUGAAAAAAUUUAUGCAUCUACACCAUUUAGUAAAAUACAAAAUAUGUUAUCUGAUUCAUCAACACAAAUGAUAUCACCAUUAGCUACUGGUGUAUUUACUAAUGAUGGUGUAACAUGUUAUGCUUUCACUGGAUUACAAUAUAGACAAAAAACUAAUGAUACUACUAUGAAUUACAAUAUCAGUAGUAGUAAUGAUGAUGAUAAUAAUAAUAAUCAUUCUACUAAUCUUCAUUCGAAAACAUCUACUACAUUAAGUGUUUCAAGAGAAAUGAAUAAUUGGACUGGACCAGAUUCAGCUGAAACGUAUCGAUUAGAAUUAUUAUUAGCUAAUAAUGUAUUAAUUGAAAAAAAUAAUGAAAAAUUGGUAAAUUCUGAAUUGAAUAAUUUACAAAAUUCUACUAUUAAAAAUUCCAUAGUUUUAGUACAUUCAGAUAAACCACUUGAAGAUUUAUCUCAUCGAAUAUCUUGUUUAAUUGCUUCAAGCCCCAACUUACAUGAUAUCAAGAAUCCUGAUGAAGUAGAUUAUAUAACAUGGCAACUACUUGGAGUAUUUGCUUUUACUUUUGUCACAUUAAUGAUAUCAUUAACAGUAGCGUUUACUUGUUUACAUCGUGAAGGAUGUGAUUUUGUUAGUUUCAUAAAAUAUACUAUUGAAUUUUUUAAACAUUCAUAA